AUCUUCGCACCAAUCGUCUUACACCCCUUUCACCACCAGGGUCCGGAUACUCCUUCAAGGGGCCCGACAUAAGUCAACAUCACCAAUAUCGGCUUCCAUCAAAACCGUCAAUUGCUGCUCCCCUAGGCCGUCCCCCUGCCCGAAACCUUUCCAGGUGGGUGACGAGACCAGUGCCCCACUGCAAUUCACUUGGGAUUCAACGACGCGUCGCUUUCAGCCCACGCUCAGCACUUUCUCCAGAACAACACUGGCCAACAUCACGCCUCCCAUCAACCAUCGGUUUUUCCAUUGCACAGCUCAUUUACCUACUCUAUUUUCGGGCAUCGGUUCCCUUGCUCUAAGAAACUUUGGUGAGAUAGAAAACAUCAUAAAAAGACGACAACGAACAAGGCAAACAGCAAACCAGCAGUCAUGUCGUCAAAGCCCAAGCCUAAGCGGCCAAAUGCCGUACGCCGCAUCAUGGAGCGUGAAGAGAGCCGCGAGCGCCGUUUCAGGGAGGCUUCGGUAGCAUCUAACGGAGGGCCCAGCAACACUACACCUGCGCCUACAGCAGCAGCACCGCCUAAGCCUAACCGACCCAAGUGCGCCAACCCGAAAUGUCCAAAGCCCAAUGUCGUCGACGGAACCUGCCAGACUUGUGGUAUGGUCGCUGAUGACAGCAACAUUGUCUCGGAAAUCACAUUCGGUGAAUCUUCUUCUGGUGCCGCCGUUGUUCACGGUACUCAUGUCGCCUUUGAUCAAGGCGGGAUCCGCGGCGUUGGUGGUCUUGCAUUCCGCCGUGUUGCUGGCGGUGGUGCUUCUGAAGCCCGUGAACGAAGUCUUCGCGAGGUCAAGGCUCUUAUGCAACAGUACUCCUACCAGCUCAGAAUUGGACAAAGCAUCAGCGAUAUUGCUUUCCGCUACUACAAAGCCUGCUCACACGCCAACUUCGUCCAGGGUCGCCGUAAGCAAAAUGUGGCCGCCAUCUGCUUGUACGCCGCUUGCAGGGCGGAAAAUAACCACAAGAUCAUGCUCAUAGACUUGGCUGAUCUCCUCCAUACCGACGUUUUCGCUCUUGGUCGUGGCUACAAGGACUUCCUCAACCGGUUUCCUGAAUUUCUCACAGGCCCUCGGCCCAUUGUGAUCGAGGAUCUCAUUUACCGUUUUGCUUCCAAACUGGAGUUCCUGCACGACACCAACAAAGUAGCCUUAUCCGCUGUCCGUAUUGCGAAGCGCAUGCAACACGACAACAUCACCCAUGGUCGUAGGCCUGCUGGUAUCUGCGGUGCGGCUCUCAUCAUGGCCGCCAGAGCUCACAACUAUCGCCGUACUGUCAGAGAAGUUGUCUACAUCGUCAAGGUCACAAUGGCCACCAUUCAGGAGCGAAUGGAUGAGUUUGCCAGCGUACCCGCUGCCCAGAUGACUGUACAAGACUUCGACAACGAGGACCUCUUGAAAGCGGCUCCAGAGCACGAUCCCCCCUUUGUCUACAAGCAAACAGACGAGUGGAAGGCCAAGCACACCCGCCCUAAGAAGAGGAAGAGGAAGGAGGCUGGAGACGGCAAGAAGAAGGGGACCAAAAAGAUCCGGACUAACGAUGGAUCCUCGGCCGCACCCCAGACUAUCGACAAAGAUGGCUUCGUUGUCCCUCCAGUUCCCCGGCAAGAAGGAGACAGCGAUUCUGAUGUUGAGGCCGAGGCUCUCAUUGUUACUGCAGUUGCUGGAGAAGAGCAACAGCUCAAGACAUUGGUUGAAGAGUACGGUGAACUAGAUGAGGAAGAUGAGGAUGAAGACGGCGAUUCGCAUUCCGAUUCGGAUUCGGACGAUGAAGAGGAGGAUGUUGAUCCCAGCAGCGAGGUCGCCUUCGCCAAGGCUCAAGGUGUCGACAUUGCCGCUUCUGGGGCCUCCAGCAAUGGCGAAACAUCCGGAAAAAAUGGUGACAAGGAGAAAAAGAGAGGGAAGAAGCUCAGGAAAAUUACGAUGCCCAUCACCCAGGAAUGGCAGACGGAUGAGGCUCUUUUGGAGAAAGAGAUGGAGGGCCAUCUGCACGAUCCCGAGUUCCUCAAUGCCGCUCAGGCCGAAAAGGUUGCGACGGACAAACGUGUUGAGUCGCAGAAGAAGCUGGCAGAUGCUCGGAAGAAAAAACAAGAGCAAGCGCAAAAUGCGAAGCAACAAGCCGCCAAUUCUUCCUCUGUUCCUUCUGUCCCUGCACCCGCCUCUGCCCCUGCUUCUACCUCUGGUCCUACUGCCGACCCUCCUCCUGCCCCCACCAGCACCGAGCAACCCAGCACAACCAAGGAGACUGACACCGUCAUGGAAGACGCUGGUGCUCGCGAAGAACGCCAGGAUGUACGGGUCACAGACCGCCCCAACCCACCCUUAUCGACGCAGUACACGCGCCCCGAGUACGUCCCCAACAAAGCUCUGGACGACCCCAUCGUUCACGAGCACGAGUUCGCCGACGAUCCUGAAGUCAAGUACUGCCGCCUAGGCGAGGCCGAGGCCAAGAUGAAGGAGCAGAUCUGGGUCAAUAUCCACGUGGACUUCCUCCGGUCCAAGCAACAGAGGGUGUUUGACGCGAAGCUGGCCGAGAAGAACAAGGGUCCCAACUCGAACAAGCGCAAGAACAAGAAGAAUCGGGUUGAGGACAACGGCGGCGUGCCCGAGACGGCUGAGGAGGCGGCUGUCAACAUGAUGCGCAACCGCGGCAUCAGUACCAAGCUUGAUUACUCCAAGCUUGGCCAGAUCUUUGACUUGGACUUCAACGAGAAGGGACCGGGAAGUAACGAGGCAGAUAGCGCGCUGGCUAGUGAGGCUGGCGAUGCCACCGAGGACCACGGCAAAGAGCGCGAGGGUUCUGGUAGUGCAGCCGCUGCGGCUGUCGAGAGCGCUCCUGCUGCCGAGGAAGAAGUGCAGGAAGAGGUGGAGGACGCAGCACCUGAAGAGGAAUUCGAAGAGGAAUACAAUAACGAGGACGAAGGCGGAUAUGACGAUUACGAUGAGGGUGGAGAGGAUGACAUCAACCCCUUCGCCGAUGACGACGAAGUAGAUGACGAGGACGAGUACUGAUUGGUUGGUGGUUUUGGUCUUUGCAUGACGGAAGGAUUCAUUUGGAGCAAGCGAGCGUUC